AUUCUCAUUUCGUCCUUCCGGUGCCCCCGUCGCCCCACUCCCUCCCGAUGCUAGCACCGUCGGGCUUGGCUGUGGGAGCGUAAUGGCGGUGCACCGGGGACCCUCUACGAAAUGGCUCUUCACCCGGGAGCAGCUGGAAAACAGCCCGUCUCGCCGCUGCGGGAUCGAGGCCGACAGGGAGCUCUCCUACCGGCAGCAGGCCGCCAACUUAAUCCAGGACAUAGGCCAGAGACUCAACGUGUCUCAACUAAUAAUCAACACUGCUAUAGUAUAUAUGCACAGGUUUUAUAUGGUCCACUCCUUCACCAAGUUUCAUAGAAAUAUAAUUUCACAGACCACGUUGUUCCUGGCAGCUAAAGUGGAAGAGCAGCCCAGGAAGCUGGAGCAUGUCAUUAAAAUAGCCCAUGCCUGCAUUAACCCACAAGAGCCAGCCCUAGACACUAAAAGCAAUGCAUUCCAGCAGCAUGCACAAGAGCUUGUAGCACUGGAAACAAUAGUGCUGCAAACGCUGGGUUUUGAAAUAACAGUUGAUCAUCCACACACAGAUGUUGUGAGAUGUUCCCAACUAGUGCGAGCAAGCAAGGAUUUGGCACAGACUUCCUAUUUCAUGGCUACCAACAGUUUGCACCUCACCACCUUCUGCCUGCAGUACAGGCCCACAGUCGUCGCGUGCGUCUGCAUCCACCUGGCCUGCAAGUGGUCCAACUGGGAGAUCCCCGUGUCGACAGAUGGCAAGAACUGGUGGGAGUACGUGGACCGCACAGUAACGUUACAGCUGCUGGACGAGCUCACACAUGAGUUUCUUCAGAUCCUGGAGAAGACGCCCAGUCGGCUAAAGAGGAUACGAAACUGGAGGGCCAUUCAAGCAGCUAAGAAGCCAAAGACGGAGGGCUCGUCAGUGGACAGUGCCUUCCAGGGGACGUCCUUAGAAGGCCUUCCCGGUGUCACCAACUCCUUCUUCCCCUCCACCUCAGGGGACGCUGCAGACAUGUCCACCCUGAACUCCCUCGCAGCCUCCUAUUCCUCCUACCAGCCAAUCGACGACCAGUCCAAGAGCUGCGACUACGACCAGUUCUCCCAGCCGCCCCACUCAGACUUCACGCUGGUCAAACACAAACCCAAAACGUCGGGGGGCGGGUCUAGUAGUGAACACCAGCCGCUCGGCGUGAACCCCGCGACUUUUUCACGGCCGCAGAAAGUCUUGACUCUGGAAAAGUACAGAGAGAAACACGCCGCGGAGCUGGCCUUGCAGAACGGCGUGAAGGACGACCCGAGCACGGACAUGUACGCCCCUCCCGCCGUCACCUUUCACCACCACAAGAAACGCUCCGGGUCGCAGCAGGCCGGCCAGUCGGGCGACGGCAGGAGAGACAAGGCCAGCUCUAAGAAGAACCGCAUCCCCUCCUCCUACUCGGAGAACGGCUCCUCCACGAGCGAGGAGCUCAAGAUGCGGAUCAAAGUUUCGUCGGAGCGCCACGGAGGCUCAGAGCAGGGCGGGACUCUGCCUGGAAAAGACAAGCACAAAGAGCACGGCAGCCACCGCCACUCGAAACACGGCCACUCGCACUCGUACUCGCUCGGCGGGAGCAGCCGGGGGACAAUAGACGGCUCCUCCUUGUCCGGACGAGCUCCCGGCGGCCACGGCAACGACGGGAGCUCCUCCGGCUCGUCCCGUAAGAGGCCGCACUCCGACGCCGGCAACCACAACCACCACCACCACUCGUCCAAGAGCAGCAGGGCCUCCAAAGGCCUGAGCUCGUCUCACUACGCGUCGGAGAGCGGCCAGAGGAUGAUGGAGCACCACCACGGCCACGACGGAACCAACGGCAUGCUGACCAACGGCCAACACACCGACUACAAAGACACUUUCGACAUGCUGGACUCUUUACUAAGUGCCCAAGGAAUGAACUUGUAACCCUCAGAGCCCCCAGUGUUGUCUAGAAUAAGGUAUUACCAUGUUUGAUAGAAUUUAAAAAAUGAAUUUAUUUGUCUUAAGUUAUCUGAGUUCUGCAUCGCCCUCAGUCGUGUCUACACACUGAUUAUUGAUGAUUUGCGUCAAACUGUCAAAUGUAAAACUAUAUGCAUAGAGCAGUGUACUACUAGCUUGCAACAACAACCAAGAAGAAGAAUAAGAAGAAAAAAAAACAUUCGAUGACGUUUUAAGAAUGGGAAAUUAGGAAAAAUGGGAUUUUAAUCGGUGUUUUAACGCGAGCUGAUUUUAAACGUGCAUGUUUUCAGUCACAAAAGAGAAGACAUAGCUAGUGUUUGCAGACAUUGUGACAGUUUACAGACGAUCUUUUAUUUUAUUUUUUUGUUUCGUUUUUUUUUUUUUUUUUUAUGUUGAGACAUUAUGUUCCACUAAAAACUCUCAGGUCUUGAACUUUUUUGAUAUAAGAACGAAUCUUCCUCUGUUUGGGUUUAUUACCUGUAUCUGUGGAAAUGUAUCACCUCGUCUGUUUGCUGACGAAGAUGAAGAGAAAGGAAAAAAAAACAACAAAACAAACACGGUCUGCUUAUUUUUCAAAGAGUUGCAUCGAUAGUUCCAAAACAAAUUAGGAACCUGAGGCCGACUCCAUUUUUCUGUCUAUUCGCUGUCUAUUGGGACUUCCAGGGCCGCGCCUGAACUUUAAUGUGCAGACUCAUUAUAGAGCUACAAAUGAAGUUUACGUUACAUCUGCUGUGAAAGUGCAUCGAAAAUAUAGCGGCUAAAAUUGCAAAAAGGCCUUGUGAUUGUACCUUGUCAAUCGCUAUUCAGUAUAAUAAAUGUUAUUAACUCUCUGGAAACACAGAUCUCUAAACUAAGGUUGUGUAUAUAGGACUGUAGUUCACAAUUAAAUCUGUCGGUUUAUUGCAUCGGUCCGAACCUUCCUUGCAUUUCAGUGUAUGAGAUCUAAAGCAGACUCUGUAUUGAUGAACAUAUCCUCGAUUUGUGUAUUGGGAGCCCAAAUAAAAAGGUGUAAAAGUGAUUUUUACACAUUA